GCUGCAACUCGUGGGAACAGCGAGCUCCAUAGACGGAGUGCAGGAAUGGAUAAAGCUGGCCUAUUGCAGAUGCAGCUGUGUGCAUCUCCAGUAGCAUAUGCACCUUGCCAGCGUAUCCAGGUACCGCGUUUGGAGCUUCACCACAGUGACAUGGACAGCUGAGCACCCCCUCCCCCACCAAUACGCAGGGCAGCAUAUGACCUGGAGCUCGCCGCAUCAUCAACGCUUCACUCUCAACCUCGCCAUCCCACUGCAUCUUGCGCUUGUUUUUAUUCCCCUCCAACCUCAUCUUUAAUCAUGUGUGGCGAAUAGUGCUCUAAAGCAAGACGCGUACCCACCUCUAGGCAACCUUCCCCGGACCUCCGCGUCACCACCGCUUUCGAUUCCACACUUCCCCACAGACAACCAUGAACGACCUCGAGCGCGUCAGUCGGAGCAUCGUCCGCACCUUCUACGAUCCCCUGCCGACCAACGACUCCAACGAACCCAUCUGGCUGCUGGGUCAACGCUACGACCCCAGACCACCACCGCCCAAGCACACGCCCUCCGAUACGCCGUCCACCGACGCUCCCACACCGCAGAAUGAACGCGCCGAGGAUGAGAGCUGGAUAAGAACCAGCAUCGACGAUACCGAGCGCAAAGAGGCUCCAAAUGGCGAAGACCCGUCACAGUACGGCAACUGGCCCUCGGCCUUCCUCGACGACUUCGAGUCCCGCAUGUGGAUGACGUACCGUUCGGGGUUCGCGCCCAUUCAGAAGAGCCAGGAUCCCAAGGCGACAGGUGCCAUGAGCUUCAGGGUGCGCAUGCAGAACCUCGCAUCCCCGGGCUUCACAUCUGACGCAGGCUUUGGGUGCAUGAUUAGAAGUGGGCAGUGCAUCCUGGCCAACGCGCUGCAGAUGCUGAGGCUGGGGAGGGAGUGGAGAUACCAAGACCAUGCGACGGACAAGGCACACUGCGAGAUUGUCUCCAUGUUUGCUGACGACCCCAAGGCGCCCUUCUCUAUCCACCGAUUUGUCGAACACGGUGCUGCGGUGUGCGGAAAGUAUCCUGGCGAAUGGUUCGGCCCCUCAGCAGCGGCCCGCUGUAUCCAAGACCUGGCCAACAAGCACAAGGAAGCUGGGCUGAGAGUAUAUAUUUCAGGCGACGGCGCAGACGUGUACGAGGACAAGUUGAAGGAGAUAGCCGUAGACGACGACGGGAACUGGCAGCCUACACUGAUACUCGUGGGCACGAGACUCGGCAUCGACAAGAUCAAUCCCGUGUACUGGGAAGCGUUGAAAUCGAGUCUGCAGAUGAGUCAAAGCAUAGGCAUCGCUGGCGGCCGUCCCUCCGCAUCCCACUACUUCAUCGGCACCCAAGCAAGCUCAUUCUUCUACCUCGACCCCCACAGCACGCGCCCCAUCCUCCCCUACUACGCCCCCUCCCCCUCCCCCUCAUCCCCCUCCGCAUCAACAACCCUGCACAUCCCCGACACCCUCUCCGCCUCAACAAGCUCCUCCACAACCAUCAUCCCCUCCCCGCUCCCCGCCUCGACUUACUCCCCCUCCGACCUCUCAACCGUCCACACUCGCCGCAUCCGACGCCUCCAGAUCCGCGAAAUGGACCCCUCGAUGCUCCUUGCCUUCCUCAUCACGUCCCAUGAGGACUACGACGACUGGAAACAGGGCGUCUUGAGCGUUCAGGGUAAGUGCGUCGUGCAUGUGCAGGACCAGGAGCCGGCGCCAAGGGGCCAGGAGCGCCCUGGCGCUGUGGAUGAGGUUGAGAGUUGGGAUGAGGAUGGCUUGCAGUAGAGGUGUUUUGGACUGUAUGGGGCGUUAUGGGAGUUGUCAUAUCAUGAGGCAUACAUAUGCGGGGUAAGGGGAGUUUGUUAUUUGCUUUGCUGGGUAGAUGUGCAAAUUCUGCGUUAUGUAGUAAUCACCCAUGUUUUUCUUCCAUGUUGAAUACUACGAAUGAAAUCAUAUCGCAGACG